AUCACAAUAUAUAUUUUAAGUAACAUAAAACAAUCAUGCAUGUACACUAGCUCUAUAUAUAUCAGCUUGUUUCACCAUCAAACAUAUCUCAAUUUUCAUUUGUGUUCUGACAAAGAAAACUAAAGAAGAUGCCGAACAAACUUAUUCUGUGGAGCGUUUUAGCCCUUAGUCUGGGUUGCAUUGCCUUAGCGUAUGAACCUUCACCUCUCCAAGAUUUUUGUGUAGCUGAUUCCACUAACUCAGUGAAACUAAAUGGAGUUGCUUGCAAGAACCCGAUGCAAGUUCAAGCAGAGGAUUUCUUCUUCAGCGGGCUACACCUCAUGGGUAACACGUCAAACGCUGUGGGAUCAAGGGUCACUCCAGUCUUUGCAACUCAAUUACCUGGGCUAAAUACUUUGGGAAUCUCAAUGGUUCGGAUUGACUACGCACCAUGGGGACUCAAUCCUCCUCACACUCACCCAAGAGCCACUGAGAUCAUAACCGUUCUUGAAGGGAUCCUAGAAGUUGGAUUUGUGACAUCUAACCCUGAUAACCGUUUCAUCACCAAGGUGCUAAAAAAGGGUGAUGUUUUCGUGUUCCCAGUAGGACUUGUUCAUUUCCAACGCAAUUUGGGUAACGGAUAUGCGGUGGCAAUUGCUGCAUUGAGCAGUCAAAAUCCAGGUGCCAUAACAAUUGCCAAUGCUGUUUUUGGGUCAAACUCUCCUAUUCCAGCGGAUAUUCUAGCCAAGGCAUUCCAGGUGGAUAAAAGUGUGGUGGACAUGCUGCAAACAAAGUUCUAGACUUUCUUCAAAGAUUCGGAUGACAAACACUUAAGGCGUUUGUGUUGAUGUGAUUGAUUGUUUUUAUUUAUAUCUUGUUCUUAAGCUUUCAUUUUCAUUCUAAAUUAUCUGUGUGAAUUUUUCUUCUUAAGGUUAAUUAUAUCUAUGUGAUUGUUUAGUUUUUUUCA